AUGACUACUUUCGACCUACCAGAGACAUUUGAUGACCUCCCCAACAAGCGCCAAUACUGGCCUGCUCCGAAAGGCUCGCCCGAAGAGGGCCUAGGCAUGCUCCGUAUCCUGACCCCGGACAUCGUUGCCAAUGCAGCCCGCCAAAUCCAAACGGGCGAGCGGGUAUGUCUGAACUGGGAUAUUGAGAACUUGAAUCCUCCAGGGCAAGGUUUCAAACGCAAGCCCUUUGAGCACAGGAUAAAAUGGGUCGCAGAAGGCGUGGCUUUUGAUGACGAAUAUCACUUCAAUCCACAGCAGUCAUCUCAAUGGGACGGCCUCCGUCACCACAAUGGGCCCGCACCAACGGCCGAAGAUCCCAACUGCCGACUUUUCUACGGAGGAACGAGCGCAGAAGAAAUUCAAGACCCUAAGAAUCCCCGUAUCGGAAUGGGGUACUGGGCGAAGAAGGGCAUUGCAGGACGCGGCGUCCUUAUCGAUUUCGUCUCGUGGGCUGAAAAGAAGGGAAUCCCCGUCAAUGCCUUAACACAGCAGGAGGUUUCACUAGACACUGUGCACGAGAUUGCGCGAGAGUGCAAGGUUGAAUUCCAACACGGCGACAUCUUCUUCCUCAGAGUCGGUCUGCCGCAAACAUGGGCGGCCAUGAACGAUGAGCAGAAACAAGCGUACAGCAAGCAGGCGACCCCAAAACAUGCCGGGAUCGAGCAAAGUGAGCGUGUGCUACGGUUCUUUUGGGACAACCACUUUGCGGCGGUUGCGUCAGACGCGGUCAGUUUCGAGGUGUACCCACCACUUAACCCGGACUUUGAUCUGCAUCAUCAUCUACUUGCGGGGUGGGGAGUACCUAUCGGCGAGAUGUUUGAUUUGGAUGGGUUGGCGGAGAUGUGUAUACAACAUGGUCGCUGGACGUUUUUCGUCUCGAGUAGCCCUUUGAACUGUGCGAAUGGGGUCUCGAGUCCCCCGAACACUAUGGCUAUUUUUUGAUCAGUCAAACUUAUGUGCCGACGGGGUAUAUGAGGAUGUCGGCCUUUAUU